ACGUAGGCCGUAGCCAACUAACAGAAAAAAUGUGCUCCGUAAAAUUGAAGUGCCGACGUUGCGAUACUGUGGUCGGAAGUAAAAUAAUAAACCAAUUUCAUACUGUAUUUUCUACGCACAAACUUAGCAAUUUCUUUCCUCAAAUCAAAUUCAACUUCCCCAAAUUCGAGGAACAAAUAAUACUUCAUCGAUCGGAAAAGUAUUCUGGGCAAACAACUCUUAGGGGUUUGCUUGCUCAAAUUGGAAAAUGUAUAGAGUGAUUGGUGGAAAAGUAAAUGCUGAUGUUUCUCAACUGCGAGGUCUAAGGAGGUUCUUUUGCAAUGUUACCGCCCCAGAAGUUUCUGCCUCAAACAGCUAUAUGCAUAGCAACGGAAACAAGGUAGAAAAUCAAUCGGCAAAUGGAAUUCAGCAAUAUGACAUUGCUAUUGUUGGUGGCGGCAUGGUCGGCAUGGCUCUGGCAUGUUCCUUGGCAAGCUCUGCUUUAACCAAAAAGUUGAGUGUUGCCAUCAUUGACGACAAUCCUGCAUUGACCUCUGGAGGUUGGAUUAGUAAAGAGGAGCCUCCUGACCCAAGAGUCAGUACGAUAACACCAGCUUCUAUCUCCUUUCUUAAAAAUAUUGGAGCUUGGAAGUAUGUUGAGAAGCAACGCCAUGCAUAUUUUGACAAAAUGCAGGUAUGGGAUUAUACUGGUCUAGGGUAUACCAGGUACAAUGCUAGAGAUGCAAAUAAGGAGGUACUCGGGUGUGUUGUUGAGAAUAAGGUGCUUCAGAGGUCCCUAUCAUUGUGUAUACAGGAGAAGGACUUCCAGAAAACAGUACUUCCUUCUAGAUUGGCUUCAAUGGCUUUACAGUCAAGCAUGUCAUCCACCGAGAUGGACAGUCAGUUAGCAAAGUUGGAGCUGGCCGAUGGAAGCAAUGUAGUUGCAAAAUUAGUGGUUGGAGCUGAUGGAGGCAGGUCACGUGUUAGGGAGUUGGCAGGGUUCAGCUCCUCGGGUCGGAAGUAUCCUCAAAAUGCAAUUAUCUGCACAGUUGAACAUUCAUUACCUAACUAUUGUGCGUGGCAGAGGUUUCUUCCUGCAGGACCAAUUGCACUUCUGCCAGUAGGGGAAAAUUUUAGCAAUAUUGUCUGGACAAUGAGCCCUAAAGAGACUUCAGAAUGCAAAGCUAUGUCUGAAGAUGAUUUUGUGAAAGCCGUAAAUCAUGCAUUGGAUAAUGGUUUUGGUCCUCAUCCACAAUCAAAUUCAAGUAUUGACAAGAUUUUCUCGAGCUUUAAGUCAGAUUCAGUUUCAUUGAACGAGUCUUUUGAAGUUCCACCAAAAGCUGUCAAGUUGGCAUCCGAAAGAAUGGUGUUUCCCCUGUCUUUAGUGCACACUGAUACCUAUGCUAAAAGCCGUGUUGUUCUCAUUGGUGAUGCUGCCCACACCGUUCAUCCUCUGGCGGGUCAAGGAGUUAACCUUGGUUUUGGAGAUGCAUCCGUUCUUUCAAAAGUUAUCUCUGACGGUACUGCUGUUGGCAUUGAUAUAGGACAGCUAUCCCUGCUACGGAAGUAUGAAGCAGAACGGAAGCCAGCAAAUUUCAUGAUGGCUACUAUUCUUGAUGGGGUACAGAAGGCUUAUUCAUUUGACUUGGGACCGUUUAAUGCAGUAAGAGCUGCUGCAUUCCAUGGAGCGCAGUACAUUUCACCUUUGAAGAAGAAUAUUAUUUUAUAUGCUUCUGGUGAACAGAGACUUCCGUUUUUCUCUUGGAACUAAGUAUGGUGGUCAGCUGGACCUUUAGCUAUAGCUCUGCAGGUUUUUCUUGUGGUCGUGUUUAAUGCUUUCAUUAUUGGAUAAUGCGCUGUUUAGCCAAUUUAGCAGCAAAAGAAUAAGGGACACUCAAACUUAGUGCAUUUGUAGGACCAAACUUUAUUAUGUCUUGACAAUCAGUUAAACACUCAACUCUGUGUUAAACGAGUAAUUACAUGUUGUGAUGUAAAUAUUGGAAAUGUGUAACCUUUUGACAGGGUACAUUUUAAGUGUAUCAAGCUGACAAGCUCAAGUAUUGCUCGUA